AGACAGACAUGGAUGAAAAUUUACACAAAGCCUGUAUUUACUAUUUUUUAUUAUUUUUUAUUUUUUUAUAAAAAUUGUAAAAUAUUUAGUUUGUUCUAUGGGUUGGUGACCCAACUCGCCGUUAAAAGCCCGUCAAUUUUCUGGGUAAUGAAUCCUCUUAUGAUGCGACUUGUUGAUCCUGAUCUAUACGAACUUCCAUUCUAGGCAAUGAUCUAACGAUAACUUGCUAUCCGAUUCAACUAGGAAUUUUGUAAUUAGUCAGUAGAUCACAUGCUCUUCCUAUUGAGAAGGAUAUCAUCGCUAUCAAUCGCAACAACAUCACCCUUAUCCUACUCUGCUCCCCUUUCUAGGCUCAACAACAUGGCGUCGAUCAACAACAACGGGAGUUCGUCGAGGUUAUCGGUGUUAGCUCAGCAGCUCCGCCUUUACAAGCCGCCGCCGGGUGAUGCUGAGGAUGAUGACGAAGUCGUUUCUCAAGUGGGUUUUGCAGAAUCCGCAACCCCAGUUGGGAAUCGGCCUUCGGAAAGAUUUAGACCUAAAAGAGCUGCUGUUUUGAUCUGCCUUUUUGAAGGGAAUAACGAUGGUAGUGGCGAGGAUCUUCGUGUGAUUCUUACUAAAAGAUCUUCUAGUCUCUCUACACAUUCAGGCGAAGUCUCAUUGCCCGGAGGGAAAGCCGAGGAAAAUGAUACAGAUGAUGCUUACACUGCAACAAGGGAAGCAAAGGAAGAGAUAGGGCUCGAUCCUUCACUUGUAAAUGUUGUAGCUGUUCUUGAGCCAUUUUUGUCCAAGCAUCUUCUACGAGUAAUUCCUGUAAUUGGCAUACUGUCUGAUAGAAGUGCAUUCAAUCCAACUCCUAAUGUUGAUGAAGUAGAUGAUGUCUUUGAUGCUCCUUUAGAAAUGUUCUUAAAGGAUGAAAAUCGAAGAUCCGAACAACGCGAAUGGAUGGGAGAUACAGCCGCAUCCAUUGUGUACAAAAGACCACCUGCUUUUAUUGAACAAAAUCCGAAAUUCAAAGUUCCUGAAAUUGCAAAUAAGGACACCACAAUGCCAUAA